AUACACAACGCACUUUAUGGGACAAAUGGGAAAUGGUGAUGUGAUCCAAAUCUAUUUCUAUUAUGGCACGUGCGACCCGUGUACCUGUGGAUAGAGGAUGGGCAUGGAUGGUCGUGUUAGGGACAUUUGGAAACAUGGCGCUAGUAGUUGGGACACUGAAGUCAUUUGGUGUACUUUUGGUUGAGCUAUCACACAUUUACAACGUUCCCUCCAGUCUCCUGGCCUCUUCACAAUCCCUCUGUGGCUGGUUACAUCUAGGAUUGGCCCCAGUGUCAAACAACCUUAGUCAGCGAUUUAGUCACCGAUGGGUAGUGUUCUGUGGCGGAGUUCUUUCAGUUCUAGGAUUGGUCGCAACAAGCUUUGUUAGAGAUAUAGAGUGGUUCUUUGUAACAUAUGGAGUCAUUACAGGACUCGGGUUUGGGCUCAUCUUAGCACCUGGGCUAGUGAUCCCGGGACUUUAUUUUGAAAAGAAGCUUCCAUUGGCCCUUGGUCUCGGUUCCUCAGGAUCGGGCUUGGGAUCCUUCAUUUUCCCAAACUUAAUGAGAUUUCUUCUGGAUGAAUAUUCUGUUAGCGGUUGUUUGCUUAUUAUGGGAGGAAUUAUGCUGCAUGUUUGUCUAUUUGCUCUUCUUUAUCGACCAAUACUGUACUGGGAAAAGAAAAGAUUCACAACCAAGAAAACAAACUAUAGCUCAAAGAAAAAUUCUUUGCAACAUACCAUUGAGGUACAAUAUCAAGAGGAAGAAUGCAGUGCAUUACUCACAAUUAAAGAUGGAGGAAAGGGUUUGGAAAUAGCAAAGGCAAAUUUAGAAUCUGCUUCCGUGUCAGGCCUCUAUGAAACAAAAUCUUUACCUUCCUUAUCAAUUAUCCCUGUCAGACACAGCAUGACAUCUUCCAUUAGCGAAAGCAACAUAUUUUCGAAGAAAAAUGUUUCUGAUUCCAAGUUCUCAAAUAGCAACUGUACACCAUCCUUAGAAUUAAAGGGACAUGUACAAAACUUAGAAAAACUUCCAAUCAUAGACUGGACGAUGCUUAAGAAUCCUUUAUUCAUUCUAACCAACAUAGGUCUCGUUUUAGCUAUUUUUGCUCAUCACAACGUGUUUAAUUUUGUCCCUUCUUUGGCAGACGAACUUGGCUUCCAAGAAUCUGAAGGAGCUCUUUGUGUCUCUAUAGUUGGAAUAACUGACCUUAUAGGAAGGAUCUCCGGUGGUAUCAUAGGCAAUGCAUUCUUUAAAAGAAGAAUAAAACUAUACGUAAUCUGUCUGCUGAUUUUCUCCACAUGCUUGAUGAUAGUCGUCCAUAUUACCUAUUUCUACGUCUUCAUCAUUUUCUGUGGUGUUUUAGGAUUAACAACAGGGGGGUAUAUCGGGGUACAGCUUUCUACAAUUGCGGACGAGCUGGGGCGAGAGAACCUGUCCACAGCCUGGGGAUAUAUAGCCUUUUUCUCAUCCUUUUCCAUUUUGAUAAAUCCUGUUCUCUCAGGUGCAAUAAAAGACUACUCUGGGUCGUGGAAGAAUGCGUUUAGAUUGUCGUCUGCUUGUGGAUUUCUAGGUACAGGUGUACUUUUCACAGAACUUAUUGUCCGAAAACAUUUACAUAAAAAGUCUGAAAAACGAAGUAACUAUAUAAAGUAGUAAAAUGAUUUCACAUGAAAGUCUGCCGUCCAGCUUUGCAUUUGAACGUGUGCAAGAAUGUAAAACAACGUAAUUGUAUUUCGCAUAAAUAUGUCAAACAUGGCCAGGAUGUGCAUAACACCUGUUUAUUUACUCUUGUGAUUUCC